AUGGGUGAUGAUUUGCUUGGAUCCAUUAUGGGAGGUAUGUCGACAAGCUCGACGCCUCGUCCAACUGCUGCGCGUGGAGAAAGACCUCCACUUGGUAGUCGGCCACCGAUAGGAUCGCGACCACCUCCUGCUAAUAUUUCUCAAACUGCCAUUUUUGCUGAUGGAAACUCUGGUCGGGAUAUUUUCACAACUAAAUCUGAUGAACUUAUCCGUGUAAAUAUGUUCUCAGUCGAUACAUCCGGAAUGCCGCCAGUUAUCGAGAAGUUUCAUUUGGAUCUCUAUGCUGUAAGCAAAAAAGGAAAAGUUUCAAUGGUAAACGACAUGAAAACAGGCCAUGGAGACCUUUCAAACGUUCGACGAUUGUGGGGGUUGAUGAACAUCUGGAAGCAUAUUCCUGAAAAACGUCGGGAUUUAUUUUCCAAUCUCAGUUACUCGCAAUGCGUAUAUGAUUGUGGAUCGGCUUUUUACGUAGAAGAAGGAAAAUACGUUGGCCAAAGCGAAGAGCAGUUUGAUCUUUCACUUCCUGAAGAUGUUGAACCAUCGCGUCUUUCUGCUAUUAACCAACUUUCUCGUGGCGUAAUUGUUAAGAUUAUUGUAAAGAUUAUGCGAAUCUCGGAUGAAGCGGCAAAGAUUUCUACACAACCGCCAAUGGUAUACGAAUCUCCAAAUUGUAACGAAAUGGUAAGAUUUUUGGAGGCUGCAUUUUCGCAGGCAACUAAUACGAGGGAUUAUUUCAACUUUGGAAAUUCUACUUUCCAUCGCUCAAGUGAUGUUACGGAUGAUAAUCAGCUUGAUAGAAGCUGCCAAAUUGAUUCCGAAGGAAUUGAGAUUAAAACGGGAUUUACUAAGUCCAUUCGAUUGGUAAAUGGAAAUGCAGGUGGUGAGCCGCAAUUCGUCAUGAUGAUUGAUGUUCGUCGCUCACCGUUUUAUCAGGAAUCAUCUGUUCUUAAAUUCAUGGCAAAACUUAUCAAUAGUCAAGGAGGUGGUAGAGGCGGAAGAGAUAAUGGAGGAAAUCGGUAUGGAGGUGGCCGGGAUCGUUAUAACAGAGGAGAUUAUCGUCGUGACGACGACGACGCUGAUGUGAGACGGGCUCUUGAAAAAUUGCAAAGAAUGUCGGCAGAUCAAGUUCGAAAAGUUCUCGAACCACUUCGAUCGAUUGCUGUGUCCGCGAAACACAAUAGCGCGGAUAGAAUGAAGCUUUUCUUCCUAUCUGAAUUUGAUUUUAGAAACCACGAAGAUGUCACGUUUGAAUUUUCGAAAAACGGUGAAUCAAAAAUAAUUACGGUAGACGAGUAUUUCCGAAAUGAGAAGUCGAUUAAUUUGCAAUAUAAUUAUCUUCCUUAUGGAAUCGAGCGUAAAAAAGAUUCCGUUUCAUAUCAUCCGCUUGAGUUAUUGGAUAUUGAACGUGGCCAGCGUGUAAAACAAAACAAUAUUCCUCCUGCAGUGCACAAAGAAAUGACAGGAAAGUUUUCGAUGAUUCCAGAAAAACAUCUUGAAAGAUAUACGAAGAUUCUUCGUGAUGUUUUGAAAGUUCACAAUCAAAAAACUUUGCGUGCUUUCGGAAUUAAAAUUGAUGACGAGCCUAUCAUGACUCACGCCAAAGUUUUGCCGCCACCAGUCGCGCGAGCCGGAAUAGAGGCAUGUCAGCCAAGGAAUGACCCCGAACGACCUCAAAUCAAAUUGAAUAAAUUUGCAAAUCCUGCAAAAUUAUCGGCCAUCACAUUCGUAUGCUUUGACAGUGUAUCUGAAAAAGAUGUGAAACAUUUUGAAAGCGGCUUGCUUAGCUAUAUGAACUUUUACAAAAUGGAAUUAUCGAAAAAACCUGUCUUGGAAUAUUGCGGUGAAAAGGACGAACAAACUUUGAGGAACAUAAUGUUACGGGCGAAAUCUGAAAAAAAUUCGUUAGUUCUUGGAAUUACUAAAGAUGCGAAAUCAGAUGCACAUGAUCUUUUGAAGCUGCUAGAGGCUGAAACGGGCCAGCAAACUUACCACUUGUCAUUUGCAAUUGCCAUGAAAUGUGGACCAAUGGGUAAAGAAGGAAGAAUGCCCGAAAAAUUACCCGUGACAAUUCAAAACGUGAUGCGAAAGUUCAAUCUCAAGGCAGGUGGACUCAAUUUUAAGAUUGAGGUUCCAUCGCGAUGCAAAAACCAAGCAGUUUGCACUGUUGACAACAGAUCAAUCGAUGACAAACUAUUCAAAAAAACAAUGUUUGUUGGAUUUGAAUUGUCGCAUGCGGGGGCUACUUGUCUCUAUGAUCGUCAAUACAACAUUGUAUGCGGUGUUCCGUCAAUUGUUGGUUUCACAUAUUCUCUUGGUAUCUCCACCGAUCUUGGUGGCUUCCCGUAUCUUCAAAAGCCAAGAGAGCACAAGCUUCAACUCUUCCCCUUUGAAUUCCAUGGCUCGAAGCCAAACGAGCAAAACGUGAAGUCAGGAACUUGUAUCGAACAUUCUGUUACAUCUAGAGGAGUGCAAGAAUUUGUUCUUGUAUCUCAAUCCGCCGUCAUUGGAACCCUUCGGCCAACAAAAUACAGCGUCCUUCGAAAUGAUAUGAAAUGGUCUUUGACCGAAGUUUCUCAUUUAACAUAUUUUCUCGCAUAUGGGCAUCAAGUAUCGUAUCAGCCUCCCGCAGUUCCAGACAUUCUUUACGCCGCUGAGAACAUGGCAAAACGAGGACGCAACAAUUUCAAGACUUAUCAGAAACUGCAAGCGAUUAGCCGCGUUGAUCGGAGAGACGCCAACGAGGACGUCGAUGGACAAAUUAUGGACGGUUUGACGGCAAAGUUCGAAUCGGUUGAUCUUCAGUGCAAGCAAUAUUGGGCUUAA